ACUGCAACUUGGUAUCAUAUAUCGUGAAUCAAUAGGCAAAUACACACAUCAAGUCGUCCAUCAUGCCGAAACCAACCAUCCCUUACAUAGGCUCUUACGAUGAUCUUCGAGAACUUCAUCUCCUUCACCACAUCUUCUCCCUCCCAAACCUCGACUCUAUCCGCAACAACCCCAAAGCCGUACUGGCCGAGAUCGACAAGUUCUCAGCAGCUCCCGAGAGGCAUAUGAUGACGAUCGGCCCCAACAAGGGCCCAUUCAUCGAGAACCUGAUUGUCGAACGCAAACCCUCGACUGUCGUCGAGCUAGGCGGGUUUAUUGGGUACUCUGCCAUCCUAUUCGGCAACGCACUCCGCUCUGUGGGUGGUAAACGCUACCUAAGUCUAGAAAUAAACCCCGUCAAUGCUGCCGUUGCCAAUCAACUUGUUGAGCUCGCCGGUCUGCGCGAUAUUGUGACUAUCCUCGUCGCCCCGAGCCACAAGUCUAUCGCGCGCUUCGUCAGGGAAAAUUCUAUUGACCAUAUCGAGUUCUUGUUCCUGGAUCACUGGAAGGAUCGCUACCUGCCGGACUUGUGGCUGAUCGAGAGCUUAGGGCUGCUGAAACCGGGCGUCUCGGUGCUGGCUGCCGAUAACUGUCUGACGCCAGGCGCGCCCGAGUAUUUGGCAUGGGUCAGGGCGGCACCGGCCCAGAAGGCCGCGCUGUUGAAGGAGCAUCGGUUUCCGGGGAAUGUGCUGCAGGGAGAGGACUUGAUUAAGGCGAUCAAGUCAGGCGUGGAAGAUGUGGAGUUGGAAGAUGUUCCGGGAGAUGCAGGGUACUUGUAUGACACGAGUAUUACUAAAUUCCAGCACAGAUCCGGCCGAGUGGUGAGUCUUCAUACAUCUUUUUUUCUUCUUCCAACUUUGAGAUUGACUGAUAAUGUGCAGGAUGGUGUUGAGGUUACUAAGGUUAUUGGGAAAGAGUAGAUUGUUCUGGUCAAUCUGGGAGCCGAAUUAUCUUAUCUUAGUUAGUCCGUGAAUGAAGGUCUUCUCGAUCACGUCAUGCAGGCAUGGCUGGAAUUGUUUCGCGAUAAUUAAUUCCUCGGAAUACCCGAGUCUGUCUAUAU